ACUACAUUGAGACAAAAGGCAAGAUAAUUUCGUCAAUUUGAUAUUGGUUUAACCCCUUCAUCUCUAACUGUCUCGCCUGGUAACAACACCGGAAAUUCAAUCAGCUACAAUUUCCCAACUCGUUGUCAGAAGUAAAAGAUGCUUUUUGUUGGGCAUCUUAUUUUUGCCGGAACUGUAAAAGCAAAAUCUCCCCAAUAACAAGUGAUCCUUCGUUGUAUUUGAUUGUCAUUGGUCAGAUUGCUACCUGUACGCAAUGACUUUGAAAAGCGUUUCUAUAUUUACUCACGAGAGCUAGUGCAACUCCGAGACUGCAGGAACCAGUGAAUGUGCUUUCAGGUCUGAACGACACUGAGAAAUUCGCCCCCUUCACAGAAGCAGUGCAGGUUGUGCACAGGCCUGGUUGCGUUUGAGAAGGUAGUGUGGAGCUGCCUCCUUGAACCGUGUUCAAAGGUGGACAGAAAGAGCUGAAUUCCAGACGGGAGGAGAAAACCAAACACAGCUGAAGACAAAGAACUGAUAUCGGGGGAGGAACUACGAGCCUCUAGCUGCUCUCUGAAAUCACUGGGCAAUUAGACGGGGAAAGCAGUGAGAGUCAGAGGAAGCAGGAUGGGAGGAGCCAGCUCCAGUAAUCGAGUAGGUGAAACUUCACAUUGUUUUGAAAAUCAAACAGUGGAAUCUUCAAACUCUUCAUUCUUCACUGAGGAAGAGCUUAACAAGCUGAAGUCUGAUUAUGAAACGGGUGGAGUGGAAAAGGUUAAAACAGUGUUACAGCAGAAAGUAACUGAACUGGACAAGACAGAACUUAAUGUUGCAGUGACAGGAGAAACGGGUGCAGGGAAAUCUUCCUUCAUCAAUGCGAUGAGAGGACUUCAGCCCAAUGAUGAGGGAGCAGCUAAAGUUGAUAGCAUAGAAACCACAAUGGAGCCAACUGGAUACAAACAUCCCAACCUGCCAAAUGUUUGGUUCUGGGAUCUGCCAGGAAUUGGGACCAAAAAAUUCCCAGCGAAUAAAUACCUGAAGGAAAUGAAAUUUAAAAAAUAUGAUUUCUUCAUCAUCAUCUCACACUGUCGAUUCACAGAAAAUGACACAAAACUUGCCAAAGAGAUUAAAUCGCUAGGGAAGAAUUUAUAUUUUGUUCGUUCUAAAAUCGAUAAUGAUCUUAAUCCAAAGAGAUGGGGAGGUGGGAUAUUUAAUGAAGUGGAAGAAAUGAUGAAGAUCAGGAAGGACUGUGUCAGCAAGCUGCAAGAGGCCGGGAUCCAAACACCCAGUGUGUUCCUGAUUUCAAACUUUGAUCUGAAUCAGUACGAUUUUAGUUUGUUAAAUAAAGCUCUUGAAGGCUGCCUUCCACGUAUAAAGAAGAGUGUGUAUAUACUGGCCCUGCCAAACUUAAACUCAGACAUUGUGGAGAAGAAAAGGAAAGAGCUAAAGAAACGAGUCUGGAUGUUGGCGACGCUUUCUGGUGUAAUCGGGGCAGUGCCACUUCCUGGAGUCUCCCUUGCUGGUGACAUCGGCAUACUGAUUGGAGGAAUAGUAGAUUUCCGUCAAUGUCUGGGUCUGAAUGAUUCUGAACUUGAAAGACUAGCCAAAAGGGCAGGGAAAUCUGUGGACGAUCUGAAAGCAGUGAUAAGAACUCCCCUGGUCGGGGAGGAAAUAACUCCUGAUGUCAUAAACAGAUUGGCCUGGGGAGUUGCUGCUGUCACCAUCUCAGCAAUUGAGCUCGCCCUUGACAUCAUCCCCGUGGUUGGUUCCAUCUUUGGAGCAGGGUCAUCGUUCCUUAUGACCUACAAACUGCUGAAUGCAGCACUGAAUGACCUUGCAGAGAAUGCACAGAGAGUGGUGGAAGUUGCAUUUGGGUCCAAAAAUGAUCCAAACCAAACAUCAGUACAGUGAGUGAAUGCUGUAGUUGAUGGAUAAAUGAGAUCUAAUCCUAAACAUUGCUGGAAGUCUACUCUUAAAAUAUUCCUUUGUUACUGAACUCAUUUGUGAAACUAUUCAUCCCUCAGAUCAGGGAAGUGUUAUUACAGAACAAUAUCUUCUGGAUGGCUUUUUCUACAUGUAUUACAAGGAGGAUUUUAAGAGUCUAAUUAAUUUCAUGUGUUCCCUGCGCACAGCCUGCCCCUACAUUAAAUACAAAAUGUUGCCCUCUGCUGGAAUUAUCCAGCACAGGACAUAUCCAUUCAGCCCACCAGUCUUGUGGUUAGAAAUAUCUGUGUGUCCAUAAUGACAAGUGAUGGAUUCACUUGCAAUGUUCAGCCCAUUCUCUGUCAUGUCCUGUUUUGAAAUGUAACAAGAGCAUUAGUACUGAAAUGGACUCCUACAGGUUAUGCAGAAAGACAACCACUGGGAAUGUGUUUCAUUUUUGAUUAUAAGUAAUUUUCACAUAGGUCCCUUUUUCCACCUUUUGGCUAUCACUCACGUGAUAUUUCAAACCUAAUAGUGAUCAGGUUAACAGAUCCAGCAUAGACCAAUCCCAAUAGAAAGCCUUAUCAAGAGGAAGCUUAUUUUCCAAUGUUAUUAAACCUAUCAGCACAUUCAGUGUAUAUCUCACUCACCUGGUAAUAGAACAGUCGCUGCAUGAAGCAGAGAAUGCCAUAAAAGGAUUCAAAUCUCUGCAGAUCUGGAUAUGUGAUAUCAAAAUAUGGAUGAAGGCACUGGAUAAAGUAAAGACUGUGGGCCCUGUCCAUCUACCAGCAACACUACUAAAGAUUUUGAUAGUAUUGGCAGGUCCUGGAGCCAAACAGCACUUGCUCAACAAUUAACCAGCUCUCUGAUGCUAAGUUCAGGUUCUUCCAGGCCCACUCAGCCUCUGACUUCAUGACAGCUUUGGUCUGAACAUAGACUGAAGAGUUGAACUGCACAGGUGAGGUGAGAGAGACUGCACUUUGCAGCAAGGUCCCACAUCUCACUACCAGUAACUCAGGAUUUGGUGCAAUCCUAAUGCAGCCAGGACAGUGGGUUGCAUUUGGCUCUAGGAAAUUAGCACAAAUUGAUCCAUUAUACUUGAAUGGACAAAGAAUGCCUCGCCAUUUUUUUUUGCUUUUGAACAUCUUCAUCAAUACCUACCUCUGGGAACAUAAUAAUCUUCAGGGCUGACAACAAGCAACUUCAAAGCAAUUUCCACAAAUAUGCCACUAUCUGCUCAAAAGAAUGUUACUCAAAAUACAGAGGUACCAUCUGGACAUGAUAGGCAGACGUGAUGUUGAGAGCAGCCUUCCAAAUGUAGAAAACAGAUGAUACGAGAGUCUUAAAGCAGCAUUUAUCGAUAGACUGCAAUUUCUAUGGAAACAGACCCUUCUGCCCAACUUGCCCCUGCCUACCAGGCAUCCCAAUCUGACCUAGACCAAUGUGCCAGCAUUUGACCCAUAAAAAUUUACAAUGCGGUCUUUGUUAAACUUCUCCCUGUGCCACUGGCAGGGUAGGCAGCAUUUGGGGCUACUGAGCUUAUCUGCUGCCCAGCACCAGCAUGGCCACAAUGUUCUUUCACCUUUUCUUUUUUUUUGCAGCGAUGGCAAAAGAAUGCAGCGCCAGUGGGAUCAGGCAUUAAGGUGCCUGAACAAAUUCAGAGUCAGUUCAAAUAAGUAGGAUAACUCACUGCUGUUUAGAGUUGUAUCUAGGUCAAAGGAAAAUUGCUUGUGGACAUGACAGGGGCAUUAAACAAAUUUAUAUCUGUCUUUACAAAUAUGAGACAGAAGUUUCACAUCAGAUAUUCUCGGUGACUUGGGGGCUAACAAGAAUAAGGAAAUUAAAAAAUUUGAUAUCAACAAAGAAAAAUUAUUGGACAAAUUUAAGGGACUAAAAUCUGACAUAUACCAAAGAUCAAAUGACCUAUCAUCCCGCGAUUCUAAACCAAAUUUAACUUUGAAAUAAAAACAGAAAUGGCUGGAAAAACUCAGCAGAUCUGGCAGUAUCCGUGAAGAGAAAUCAGAGUUAAUGUUUUGGGCCCAGUGACCUUUCUCUGAAAGGCUCUGAGGAAUGGUCACUGGAAAAGAAACGUUAACACAAUGUUGCCAGACCUGCUGAGCUUUCCCAGCCAUUUCUGUUUUCCUUCAGAUUACAGCAUUUGCAGUUCAUUUGGUUUUAACUUUGAAAUAAUGCUUGCACAAAAUUUGAUCUUCCAAAACUUCUUAGAUUCAGGUGCAGGCGAAACAGAUUGAAAGUUAACAGAGAUAGCAGGAAAUGUAGAUGCUGGAGAAUCUGACAUCACAAGGUGUGCAGCUGGAUGAACACAGCAGGCCGUGCAGCAUCAGAGGAGCAGGAAGGCUGACGUUUUGGGCCUUGACCCUUCUUCAGAAAAUUGUUAAUCUGUUCUUCAAGAAGAAGGGAGAGAGGAAAUGGUGAACAUUAGGCCAGUUAACCAAACAUCAAUCAUUGGGACCAGCUGGAAUCUAACAUUAACAAAGUCCUAAUAUGGCUGGAAUAGCACAGUAUGAUUUGAGCAAAUUAACGUGGCUUUAUUAAUGGGAAAUCCUGCUUAACAAUUUCUUCUGAUCAAGUUCUUUUAGAAUAUAACUUAGUUGAAUAAAGAGGAACCACUGGAUGUAGUAUUUGUAGAUUUCCAAAAUCAUUCGGUAAGGUACCACGUAAAAGAAAGGCAAAAUAUGGAAUUGUUGAGUUGGGGGCAAUAUUGUAGAAUGGACAGGAUUUUUUUUAACAGACUGGAAACAGUGAGUUGACAUAAAUGGAGCAUUUUAAAUUUAUCAGAUCACUGAGUAAUGACAUCCCACAAGGAUCCAUGCUGCGCCUUAGCUGUCACCAAUCUAAAUUCCUGAUUUAAAUGAAGAGACUCAUGUUUCUACAUUUGGUGAUGAUAUAAAGCUAGGUGGAAAGGUAAGUUGUGAGGAGGACACAUAGGCUGUGAAGAGAGAUGGGCCAAUUGAGUGGGAAACAAAAUGGCAGUAUGAGUAUAGUGUGGAUAUGUGGGAGACUGUUCAUUGUGGCUGCAAGAAUGUGGAACUUGUAAAUGUUGAUGUUAAAAGAGACCUGGAUGUGCUUAGACAAGGAGAACAAAAUAUCAGCAGGCAGGUGCAGCAGCAAGCAAUUUGGAAGGCAAAUGGCAUAUUGGUCUUUAUAGAGAGUGGACUAGAGUACAGGAAUAACAGCCUUUUUAAAAUAGUAAAGGGUUUUGGUAAGCUUAGAGCUGGAGCACUGUGUGUAGGCUUGGCCUUUGUAUUUAAGGAGAGAUGUUAUUGCUAGAUUGGCCCCUGGGAUGGGGAGUUUGUCUUGUGAUGAGAAACUGAGUAAAUUGAGCCAAAUCUUCUGGUGUUCAAAUAAAUGAGAAAGUAUUUCAUUGAGACAUGUAACAUUGUGUAGGGGUUUGACAUGAUAACUGCUGAGAGAUUGUUUCCACUGCUCUGAAAUUCUAAAAUCACAGUCUUAAGAUAAGGUGACAAUCAUUUUGGAAUAAAAAGUGGAGAAAUUACUUCACUCAAAGGUUUUUUGUUUGAUAGAAUUCUCUAACCUGGUGGAUUGUGGAUGUUCCAUCAUUGAAUACAGUCUUCCAGACACCCCAUCACUGAUUUGUGUUAUGACAGUGUUGGAAUGCUGUCAGUUACAGUGGCUGGGAAGAGGGAGAGGAAAAUGAAUAGGAAGAAACAGCAGGAGAAAAGCAAUUACUGCAGGGGGAAGAGGUGAGGGAGCUAAUUACAUCCACACAAUGCAAAUCCUGUGCUGCAGAAUAUCUGAUUUAAACAAUAGAUUAAUGUUAAUGCUGUAACAUUAUCAGUACUGUCGCAGUGACUGCUGUCAAACAUAGUAUUUCACUCUUUGCUUCACUGGAAUUUUAGCAGACCAAUUGAACUUCGCUAACAUACAUCCAUGCAUAUCAGUUCUUGUUAACACUAGUUUAUUCUGUCCAAAAGCUCCCUCUUCUUACAAUUUUUGUUGAUUUAUUUGUGAACUUCAGCUCAUCUGUUAUUAAUAAGACUGGUAAUCUAACCAAAUGAAACUGACAGGCAAAAUAAUUAUGCCACAACACAUUCUAAAUCAGAAUACAAUGUUAUCUGCCCAGGUGAAAUGUCUGGCAUCUCACUGCUUUAUCAUGGGAAAUGGUGUCAUGGAUCAGUUUCUACAGCAUGAGCAUUGCUGUUGAGACAAUACUGUACUAACAUGAGCAGGGACAAUCCACACGUAACACAAUGUCAGAAUAAAUAUCUAGUCAUCUUUUUGAAGCUUGUGCUGAGUACUUAUGUGCCAGGAGUUACUGUUAUGAUUGCACAAUCUGAACUUAUGGAAGACAAACAUGAAAUAGACAGUUCCUGUAAUGUGAAAUUAAAAUAAAAAUGAUCCUUGCUGUGAUAA